AUGCUUCCAGGUCCCCUUCUCCCACCUCAUCCGCCGCCGCCGCCGCUGGUGCUUAUAGGAUCACACUCCGAACCGAGCCCGUCACCGUCAGACCCGCCGCCAUCUUUGCCCAUCGGCUCCAGCCUCGCCAUUAUUGUCAUCAUCAUCAUUGCCACGGUCACCGUGACCACUUGUAUCGUGGUUCUUCGCCGAGGUUGCCGCCGUCAACGCCUGUCCUGCUCAUCAUUCUCCCCCCACCGCAGCUCCUCCCCGAUGGCUUCCUUCUCCUCGUCGUCAGCAGAGUCAGGAAUGCAGUCUGCUGCAACAGCAUCUGUUGGUGCUUCGCCUAGGGACAGGGCUGCCAUGUCCUUUCUUGAAACAGCCAUGGUGUCUUCGGCUAUGAAGGAUGCUGGUAAAGCCUCUGACGCGGCAUCCCUCGCACAUUCUGCAGAAGGGCCAGUGAAGGAGUCAGAAUUGGUAGUAUCCUUGUCUGCCCCAGCUGUGAUGAUGGUGUCUGGGGUGGAAAUGCUGAAGCCAUCAGCGCCGUCUCUUCCAGAGGUGGAACGCUUGAUCUUGGAGUUGCUCUCGCUACCUGCAGGACCGAUGAAGCCUGGGAGGAGCACAGUCUGCCUCAUCUGCAGCCGUGAAUUUCUACCUACUGAUGUGCUCCUUGUCCUCCCGGUGUGCUCACAUGUGUUCCAUCAAUCAUGCAUUGUCACCUGGCUCCGACGCACCGCAGCGUCACGUUGUCCGUCCUGCCAUGCGUCUAUCACCAUCCCCUGUCCUGACAAGACCAACUUCUGCCCAGAUGAGUACGACAUUGAGGCUCAGGUGCUAGUGCCUGCCCCACCUGGCGAGGAGGCUGUGGGAGGAUCUCGUGGGUGGCUGCGCUCUUCCUUGGACAGACUCUCUGGCGGCUGGAUGGGAUGCUCCAGCAACCGUGCCACUGCGGUGGUGGCGCCAGUGUCCUCACAGCGCACCUCUGGAAGCUGGAGCCUGGGCUCGAGCGGUCGUCUUGGCAAUGACACGUAUCAGUAUUGCGUUGAGGCACAUAUGCGAAUGCCAGUUCUGCCUGGUGAGGAGGUCUCAGAGGCUGUCGGCAGCUCUCGUGGGUGGCUGAGAUCUUCUUUGGCCACCCUCUCUGGCAGCUGGAGUGGGUGCUCCAGCAGCCAUUCCACUGCAAUGGCGCUGCCGGUUUACUCAAGGCACACGACUGAGCCCCUGGGGUCAAAUGGCGACAGCAGCAUGGACUCGUGGUCAAGGAGGUGGGAUCUUGAGGCGGCUACACCGACACCUGAGAGGCCAUCGGUGUAUGACUAUGUCAGAUGGUUCUUCAGAAGCUCAGACAACGGGCGUGAAGACGCCCUGGCAAAGGUUGCUGCCGAAGGCGGAGAUCUGCCAUUAGGCACCUUCUUCGAGACCCUAUACCGGCCAUCGGACGACUCUCUGGACGAGGCCAUCACCAUCGUUCUCCCUAUUGAAACCCCAAACUUGAGGGCUUCCCUCUUUUCCUUCCUAAGUGGAAUGGAGGAGCUGGACAACCUGGUCGCGCUCUGUCGUAUGGAGCACCAUGCCAAGGACUACCUCCUGGUUGACGGUGCCCUUUCUAAAAUAGGGGUAUGUGCUCCCUUCCUCCGAGAAAUUCAUGAAGGCCUUUGCGGCAAUCAUCUUGCGCCUCAUGCCCUGGCCGGCAAGGCACUCCGCCAGGGGCUCUACUAG